AUGUCAUCGUCACAAUACAAGCUAUCAUUUAUUGCAGGGGAGAAAUACUUUACGUCAACUCCUACGAAUGAUUGGUCAUAUUCUGGAUAUCUCGAGGCCAUAGAGCCUUAUUUCAGUAACCGCGCUAAAAUAAGCACAUUGAAAUCGACGUGGAAGAAGCGUUUUAAUGACCAUCUGAGAGAUCUCGAAAAAGAUGAAAUUGAUGAGAGACGUGAAGUUGCAUCUGCUCUUAUUAGGACGUCUGUAGUUGUACCACUGGGAGCAGGUAGCGUCCCUGUUAAGUCCCGGAGUGAGGUAGCGUUCCUCGGUGCAAUGCAGAGUGCUGGUUAUACAUUCAUACCACUGGGAGCAGGUAGCGUCCCUGAUUCAAAUGCCACUGAAUUCUGGGACCAAUUUGAAAAGAAACGAGCUCUAAAACAACAACAG